CGCACCGAGGGUUAAUAACAAAACUAUCCCCUCCUCACCUUACACUGGCAGGAGGCCAAGCUAGAGUGGGUGGUGCUGGGGGAGCCCCUGCCCCGGGCGGGCAGAGCUUCUCAGUCAUGUCCCUGAGGGGGGGAUCACUGCCUGGUGCUGUCCCUGAGUGAGGGCGGCCCAGGGGCAGCUGUGACAGGAAGUGCUCAUGGCCCAGCCGUUCCCAUGGAGACUCGCUGCCCAGCAACCGCACUGGCUACUGCUGAUGUCAGGCGGCCAACUCCUUUUCCCACCUCCGCCCUUUGCCCGACGUCGCCAUGACGGGCACUUGUACCCGGGAGUGCAGCGAGUUUGGUCACUCUGACACAUGCUGGAUGCCUGGCCAGUCGUCUCCCAGCCGCCGGACCAAGAGCAGCGCCCUCAAACUCUCCACCUUCGUGCCUUACCAGGACCGAGGAGGGCAGGAGCCUGCGGGCGCCGGCAGCCCCAGCCCCCCGGAAGACCGGAACACCAAAACGGCCCCCGUGCGCCUCCUGCCCUCCUACAGUGCCUUCUCCCACAGUAGCCAUGACUCCUGCAAGGACUCGGCCACCUUGGAGGAAAUUCCCCUGACCCAGACCUCGGACUUUCCACCCACAGCCACACCGGCAUCUGCCCAGACCGCCGCCAAGCGUGAGAUCUACCUGUGAGCCCCCUUCUGGCCGGCGGCCGCCCUUCCCCCAGUCGCCGGCCAGCUCCCAACUGGGUUUAUCCCAGGGCCCCAGUCGAUCCCUCCAGCGUGGACUCUGUGGCCAGGGUCCGAUUCGUGGAGUACUGGCUUCAAGACCACGUUGGCCCUUGCCCGAUGCAGGGUCCAGGUCCUUUCCCCCGUUCCUACCCCUUAGCUCCAAGGAGCCCCUGUACCCCCUCUAUGGGGCUCCACCCAGCGGAUGCCCACGAGGGUUCCUCUGCCAUGACUGGGCUCCCUUCCAUCUUCUUCCAGGGAGCACCCCCUUGCUUUGGGCACAUGGUGGCGUCAAGGGUGGGCAGCAUACUUUAACUCAUUGUUUCCUUCAUGGCUGACCAGGGCAGUGUAGCCUUGCAGCUGGGUGACCUGGGGGACUAACUCCCUGGGAACGCUCAGAGGAAACUCUCCACCACCGGGGGCUCUCCGAAGGGCUGUCGUUACCAAAGGUGGGGUGGGGAUUGGGGUGAGAAUGCUGCGAAGGCCCCUCCCAGUACUGCCCCUGGGCUGACCCACCUGCUCACAGGCUCGAUCCCAUCUGGGCACCCCCUUCCCUGCUGGUCUUGCGGUGUCUGUAUAUAAGGACCUUGGAAUGAUGUCCCCAUUUCUGCUUGAUUUGCAACUUUUCUCGUUGAUGUUGUGUUGUCUUGGGGGGCCCCUUGGGGGGAACCUGCCCCGUGCCCCUCCUCCCUGCCGCAGUGCCCCCCAGGCCUCUAUUGUUCCAUGUUGUAAAUACCCCUGGGGCCGUGAUGGGAUGGGGGUGCAGGCCAGGGAAACAAAGGGUGGGGGGUGGGGACAGGGGUAACAUUUGCCUAUCAGCAGAGCUGGGCUUUUAUUUAAUUUUUUUUUAAAAUACAAAUCUCUAUUUUUUUGGAACUGUUGCGCUGUGCCCUGGGGGGUGGGGACCCCCCCGCUCAGACUGGCCUCCCUCAUCCAGAUGAGCACUGCAGAGGGGCCCUGAGACUGGGGGGCAGCUGGACAGGGUGGGAUGACUGUGCCUCUGGCCUGGUGGGGGGAGCUGGGGGCAAGAAAGUUUGCUCAGGGGGUGGCUGGUUGCUGCCUCCUGUAGUGGGGGACCCGCACCUUGCCUCCUCCCUGCCCUCCAGCCCCCAGCCCCCGCCAUGACUGACCCAUCAGCCUGUAAAACCACCAUUGCCUUGAUCUGAGGGGGUGGGAGGGCUGCCUCAGGGCACCCUGGGCUCCAGGCCCCUUCUUCCAGUUGGGCUUCCCUUCACCAGGGUCAGGGGCCCCGUGGGGGAGGGGGUGGGGAGGCUAGGGGCAGAGAAGCCCAGUCAGCCAUGAUGAGGUGGGGGUUUUCUUCACCUCGGGGGGCCAAGGUGUGAGGGGUACCCUGUAGAGCCCCCAUCUCCCACUGUGGCCAUCUCAAAGCCUCAGCCUCUCUUCCUUCCAGAAGCCCCCACUGCCUUGGCCCCUACCUCUCCAGCUCCCCAAGGGCCCAGGCUGGAGGCUGGAGACUCAGGGUGUGGCCCCCACUGGACUUAGUCUAAGCUUGUGGGGGUGGCCCAUGUGUGGGAGGGGUGGGCAGGCUGCUGGGUCCUCUGGUGCCUUUGGGAGCUGUGCUGCUGGAGCUUGACUCCUGUAACCCCAGAGACCCCACGCCCACCCCAGAAGAGCUAAGGGACUGUAGAAUCACCCUAUUCUCUGCCUCCUCACCCCUGCUUUCUUUCGUUUGGGGUAACAGUGCUGGGGGGAGUGCAUUGUUAGGGUGGUGGCCCCAGCACACACAGCCCUUCUAUGGAGGGCAGUGGGUAGGGUGGCUUAGGUGAUAACAGCCAGGUCUGGGGUUGGCCAAAGGCUCCUUUCCCCUGGGGGAGGCCCAGGAAGCAGGCCAGGGGCUUGUUAAAGACACAGCCCUUUCCCCUGCACAAGUGGGGCAGGUGCAAUUGUGGCGAGGCCGGUAGCAUGAGGUGCAGUGGCCUGGAGGGCUGUCCUGGGUCCUGGAGGUUAGGAUCUGGACAAAAAGAUUGUAUGAGGCCUAUCUGCUCAACGGAGAGGAGAAUCCAGCCAGGAGGCAUCCCUGGGGUCAGUAGACUCCCGAUGGAGGUCCCUGGUGGCCUGGCCACCCUGGCCUGGUCUUGGAGACUCCUGAGCACUGAGUGGGAGGGCAGAGAACAUUUUGCACAAUGGAGAAGCCAGAAGGAAGGGGGUAGCCUAGCCGGCUGGGAGGGCCCAGAAGCACACAGCAGAAGCCCUUCCACAGGCAAAUGCAGAGCCCUAGCCCCCUGGUCGGGGUGAGGGCGCUGAGUCUGUCACCACCUGGGCACUCAAGAGGUGAAACCAAAGGUGGGCAGGGGAUGGGUGCCGGCACCAGGGACUAGCCCUGCUGGUCCUAGGGCUGCGGAGCCCCUCCCCAAUGCCUUGUGUCGCGUACAGUUUUAUGUACCCAAAGGCGACAUUUGGCCAGAGGAGACCCCCCUCAAGCCCAGCCUGACCCAGUCAGUGUCUUCCUAGAGGGGACCGACUUGGUCCCCAUCUCCCUACUUCAGAGCAUGUCUCUUAGUAGGGGAAGGGUGUGUGGGGAUAUAUUUCCUAGGGUCCCUGAAGCAUCUCUCACAUCAGGAGGGGAGCUGUCUCUAGGCAGCCCUAACCUGAGAGCUUCCUAGUCCUCAUGUCUCCCCUUGGGAGUCUCUGGGGACAUGAAUUCCCACCAGGGUCCAUGGGAACGUGUCUCCCUUCCCUAUCCAGGCUCUCUGGGGAGCCUGCUUGCCUCCCAGGGUUCCUGGGAGUAGUACCUAAGACAAGUCAGUCUUGGGCCAGCUCUCUUUCCAGGGAAAAGCUGUCUCCGAAGCUCCCCGGAAGAGAUGUCUCUGGUCCUCCCCCAUCUCUCCUAUGGGGUGUCUGCCCUCCAGCACUUGGAACGAGGCUGAGCAUCUCUGAAUUGUCUUUUCUCCUAGGGGCUCUAGGAUACCACUCUCUCCCGAGGGAGGCCCCCUGGAGCCAUUUCUUCCCUGGGUGGGGGCUGUCUCUGGUGUAGGGAGGGCUUGAAAGUCUCUUAGGGGGCAUCUCCUUGUGAGACUUCUCUGGGAGGGAGGGCCUUCUCGCCCAUGGGGGUUCCAGGGCGGGUAUGUCUGCCCAUGGGGAAGGGGGACUGUGUCUCCUCGGGUUAUGUGAGUGGGGAGGGGGGGCCGUGUCUCUCUCGUGUGUCGGGUGGGGGGUGGGGAGGGGGGCUGGGCGCGUCGGGUGCCCACUUCGGGGUCGUGUUUCUCUUGGUUCGUGCCACUUCCCACCGCCUCGCUCCUCCCGGGAAGGGCCCCGCCCCCACUCCAUCCCCACCUCCACCCCCACCCCCACCCCCCGGCGCUGCGAGCACAAUCCCGUUGAUUUGUAAUGAUUUCUGUCUUUUCUGUCUUUCUCUUUCUCUGACCUCCCUCCCCUCGCCGCGAGCAUGCGCAGGCACCGCCCCUACCCCCCCCACUCCGGUUCGGUUCGUUUCCGGUUUGUUUGCUGAGCUGUCAAUGAAAGACCCGUGUAAUUAUUCCCGAGCUUUACAAUAAAAGUGUGAAAACCGGA